AUGCAGGCCGCACCUUCCGCGUGGUCCCUCGGCGGCUCCAACGGCAUCUCCCGCAGCCUGCUCGCCACCCGCGAGGCCACGGCCAACCGGAAUCCCAGCAGCGCCACGGCCCAGAAUGCCUUUUACCAGCUCCUCGUCAAGGCCGGCAUGCCCGCCAUCGUCGUCGAGCGCUACCAGUCCGGGCUCUACGCCUCCAACGAGGCCGCCGACGCUGCGUACAUUCGCGCCCUCGAGAUGCUCAAGCAAGGUGUCGGGGAUACGGCCGCGGUCGGCGGUGCCGCCACCCACUUUGGAGGUGCGAACAACAUGCCGAGCGAUCAUGUCCAGGCCGUCGCGCAGGCCGUCGCCGCCCGCAUGAGGGGCACGGAUAUGGCCGCCUCUACCGGCCAGGGCAACGGCACCAAGCAGGGCCCGCUCCACGUCAUCGUGGAGGAGUCCAAGGGCUCCGUGCUCUUCCGCUGGAUCAAGACCCUCUUGUACUUUGGCCUCAUUACCUACAUGUGCAUGGUGGUCGUCACCCUGGCCGUCGGCUUCUUCGACAACCUCGACGUCUACAAGCGUGGCAACAAGAAGAGCCAGGGCGAAGUCCGGGCCGAAACGCAAAAGACGAGAUUUUCCGACGUUCACGGCUGCGACGACGCCAAGGAUGAGCUCCUCGAGGUCGUCGAGUUUCUCAAGAACCCCGACAGGUUUUCCACCCUCGGUGGAAAGUUGCCCAAGGGCGUUCUGCUCGUCGGCCCCCGCGAGUUUGACGAAAUCUUUGUCGGUGUGGGUGCGAAGCGUGUCCGCGAGCUCUUCACCGCGGCCAAGGAAAAGUCUCCCUCCAUCAUCUUCAUCGACGAGCUGGACGCCAUUGGCGGAAAGCGCAACGCGCGCGAUGCCGCCUACAUGAAGCAGACUCUCAACCAGCUCCUCACGGAACUUGACGGUUUUGAGCAGAACACGGGCGUCAUUGUCCUCGCAGCCACCAAUCACCCUCAGCUCCUCGAUAAAGCUCUUACCCGACCCGGCCGCUUCGACCGCCACGUCGUCGUUGACCUGCCCGACGUCCGCGGCCGCCUCGCCAUCCUGCAGCACCACGCCAAGAAGAUCAAGGUCUCCCCGGAUGUCAAGUUCUCGUCCAUUGCUGGCUUCACGUCGGGUCUCUCGGGUGCCGAGCUCGAGAACAUUGUGAACCAAGCCGCCGUCCACGCUAGCAAGGCCAAGGCGCUCUCUGUCUCGAUGAAGGACCUCGAGUGGGCCAUGGACAAGCUCAUGACGGCCUACCACGAGGCCGGCCACACCCUGGUCCACCUCUUUGCCGACAAACCUCCUAGCGAGCUCCACAAGGUCACCAUCCUCGCCCGCGGCCAGUCCCUGGGCCACACGGCCUACAUUCCCGAGAUGGACAAGUACUCGUACACCCUGAGCGACUACAUGACGCACAUCCGUGUCGCCCUCGGCGGCAAGAUUGCCGAAGAGCUGGCGUUUGGGCCCGAGUCCGUCACAUCAGGCGUGUCCAACGAUCUGGAAAAGGCCACCAAGGAGGCCUUUGCCAUUGUUGGCCGCUUCGGCAUGUCCUCCAAGCUUGCGCCCAUGGACUACGCCAACAACUACGAGAAGCUCAGUUCCGAGACCCGCUCCGCCGUGGAGACGGAAGUCCAACACCUUCUCAACACCUCGGCCGAGGAGGUCCGCACCCUUCUGAGCGCCCGCCGCAAGGAGCUUGACCUUCUUGCCCACGCCCUCGUCGAGUACGAGACCCUCGACAAGCACGAGGUUGAGCGCGUCAUCCGCGGCGAGAAGCUGACGGGCCGCAUGCCCGCGUCUCCCAACACCGCCAUGUCCGUCCCCGUGCCCGCGACGGUACCCGCCGCUAUACCUACGGGCCUUGGCCCAUCUACGGGUCAUCCCGAGUCGGAACCGGGCGCGGGCCUGCCGCCUCCCGUCCCCGCGCCGUAG